AUGAUGCUCAAGAUGCUGCCGUUUAAGCUGCUGCUGGUGGCCGUGGUUCUGUGCUUCUUCGAGGGGGAUGCCAAGUUUGGGGAGAGCGGCGCCCGGAGGAGAAGGUGCCUCAACGGGACCCCGCCGCGGCGGCUGAAGAAGCGGGACCGGCGGGUGCUGUCCCCGGAGGCGCCGGGCGGCGGGGAGGCGAUGUGCCGCGGCCUCUACCCCCGUCUGUCCUGCUGCUCCCGCUCCGAGGCGCAGGGUCUGCCGCACGCCGAAGCCAAGGUCCUUUCUGUUACCAACAACACAGAAUGUGCGAAGCUACUGGAGGAAAUCAAGUGUGCACACUGCUCACCUCACGCUCAGAACCUAUUCCACUCACCUGAGAAAGGGGAAACUGCUGAAAAAGAGCUAAUGCUUCCCUACCUGUGCAAAGACUAUUGUAAAGAAUUCUAUUACACCUGCAGAGGCCACAUACCAGGUUUCCUCCAAACUACAGCUGAUGAGUUUUGCUAUUACUAUGCAAGAAAAGAUGGUGGUGUGUGCUUUCCAGAUUUUCCAAGAAAACAAGUGCGAGGGCCAGCUUCUAACUCCCUGGACCACAUGGAAGAAUACGACAAAGAGGAAGAGAUCAGCAGAAAACACAAGCACAACUGCUUCUGUAUUCAGGAGGUUGUGAGUGGACUAAGGCAGCCUGUCGGAGCAGUACAUUGUGGGGAUGGAUCCCAUCGCCUCUUUAUCCUUGAGAAAGAAGGAUACGUGAAGAUUUUCACUCCCGAAGGAGACAUACUCAAGGAACCUUUUUUGGAUAUACACAAGCUUGUUCAAAGUGGAAUAAAGGGAGGAGAUGAAAGAGGACUGUUAAGCCUUGCAUUCCACCCCAAUUACAAGAAAAAUGGAAAGCUCUAUGUGUCUUAUACCACCAACCAAGAACGGUGGGCUAUUGGACCUCAUGACCACAUCCUUAGGGUCGUAGAGUACACAGUAUCCAGGAAAAAUCCACACCAAGUUGACAUGAGGACAGCAAGAGUGUUUUUGGAAGUAGCAGAACUACAUAGAAAACAUCUAGGAGGACAGCUGCUGUUUGGCCCAGAUGGUUUCCUAUACAUUUUUCUUGGAGAUGGCAUGAUCACUCUAGAUGACAUGGAGGAGAUGGAUGGUUUAAGUGAUUUUACAGGUUCUGUAUUGCGCCUUGAUGUCAAUACUGACCUGUGCAAUGUCCCUUAUUCCAUCCCACGGAGCAACCCACACUUCAACAGCACCAACCAACCUCCUGAGAUUUUUGCACAUGGACUCCACAAUCCAGGCCGGUGUGCUGUGGACCGGCACCCAACAGAUGUAAACAUCAAUUUAACUAUACUUUGUUCAGAUUCAAAUGGAAAGAACAGAUCUUCAGCAAGGAUCUUACAAAUAAUAAAGGGCAAAGACUAUGAGAGUGAGCCCUCCCUUCUAGAAUUCAAACCAUUUAGCAGCGGCUCCCUGGUUGGUGGAUUUGUGUAUCGGGGCUGCCAGUCGGAGAGGCUCUAUGGAAGUUAUGUGUUUGGAGACCGCAAUGGAAAUUUUUUAACACUGCAACAGAGUCCUGCAACCAAACAGUGGCAAGAGAAACCCCUCUGUCUUGGCAACACUGGCUCAUGUAGAGGCUUCUUUUCAGGCCCUGUCUUGGGAUUUGGAGAAGAUGAAUUGGGUGAGAUUUACAUAUUAUCAAGCAGUAAAAGUAUGACACAGCCUCACAGUGGAAAACUCUACAAGAUCGUUGACCCAAAAAGGCCUUUAGUCCCCGAAGAAUGCAAAAGAACAGCUCAGCCUGCACAGAUACUGACAUCUGAAUGCUCAAGGCACUGUCGGAAUGGGCACUGCACUCCCACAGGAAAAUGCUGCUGUAAUCAAGGCUGGGAAGGAGAGUUCUGCAGAACUGCAAAAUGUGACCCAGCCUGUCGACAUGGAGGUGUCUGUGUAAGGCCCAACAAAUGCUUAUGUAAAAAAGGCUAUCUCGGCCCCCAGUGUGAACAAGUGGACAGAAACAUCCGAAGAGUGACAAGGGCAGGUAUUCUGGAUCAGAUUCUAGACAUGACAUCCUAUUUGCUGGAUCUAACCAGCUACAUUGUAUAGCUUCUGGGACUAUUUGGAAACUCCACUUUCAACGGGCAUUUGUUUUGAAUCCUGUCAUUUUUGAAAGACUGUUAUCCUGCAACAAACACCGGUGAUUUGAUUUACUUUAUUAAUUUAAGUGUAAUGUCCACCAAUGUGCAGAAAAAUCCCCUGUAUGUGUGUAAAUAUUCCUGCAAUACGUGCACACAUACACACGCAGCCGCUAUCAUAAAUACGGUUUUGCAGAGAGUGGAAUCUUUUUUAAUAUUUAUUUCUUCAUGAGAAAUAGUUUACAAAGCAAUUCCACUGUAAAACACAUUUCUGUCAAAGGACUUUCCUGAUGUCUUAAUGGAUUCUUUGACAUCCCAGAAAUCUCGUUCCUGUACCUAUCUGAUCAUAGCAGUGAGAAAGCAGUUUCCAAACAUCGCUGUAUAAACUGCUGGACUUAAUAAAAUCCAGUUGUAACAGUUUCUGAGGUAGACUGAACUCCAUCAUGAGACAAUAUUUCAGAACUGCUUAAUGCAUUCCUAUCUAGGCAAUUCAUUGUAAGACUGUAACCUUCACUUUCAUCAAUGUAACUCUAUUACAGAAUGUUAUUUCUUUAUCUAGCAUAGAUGCAAAAAUCUGGUUAUCGCAGCUUAAUAUCAAGAUUGUUUCAAGUGUUUAAUAAUUAAAUUAUAUUCGCAUAUUUCAAAACCAGUCAUCCUAGAAGGUCUGCUUUUUAUCAUAUAUUUUAUUUAACGAUGGGCACUGGGUUCAUGUUACAUAUUUAUAUUAUUUUAUUUUAUUUUUAUAAUAUAGACAUCACCUAGAUGAGACAGCUUUACCAUGUCCUGUAAAAUACUAAAGUUACAUUUUUCACCAAGGUAAUUGGAAAGACUGGGAAAGAGAGAGCAAACACACACACGCUUCAAUGUGUUGUGGAUCUAAUCUAGAAAUGUACCCUUGUGUCAACUUUGUGUUCAUUU